AUGGACCAAGUCAAUCGAGCAUCAGGUGAAGCAGAGGCAAUAUUAGCUAGAGCACAAGCCACAGCCAGGGGAUUGACCUUGUUAUCUCAAUCCCUCAAAGAAACUGGUGGAGUAGAGGCUGCGAGUUUGAGAGUUGCAGAGCAAUACAUUCAAGCUUUUGGCAACAUCGCUAAGGAGGAUAUAACAAUGCUGCUUCCGAGUUCUGCUGAAAAUCCUGCUAAUAUGAUCGCUCAAGCUUUGACAAUGUACAAAAGUCUCAUCCCCAAUGUUGCCCCCCAAGAAACUUCAGCAGUAGAAGUGGUUACCUGA